UCGCUUGUCGCGGGAAUCAUGCGUGUAUCUCGCGCGCCGCUUGUCGCGGGAAUCGUGCGUGUAUCUCGCGCGCCGCUUGUCGCGGGAAUCGUGCAUGUCCCUGGCGCGCCGCUUGUCGCGGGAUCGUGCGUGUAUCUCGCGCGCCGCUUGUCGCGGGAAUCGUGCAUGUCCCUGGCGCGCCGCUUGUCGCGGGAUCGUGCGUGUAUCUGGCGCGUCGAGGCCCCGUUGGUGCGGGCGCUCUGAGGAGCAUGUCGGUGGUGCAUCAGCUGUCCCCAGGAUGGCUACUGGAUCACCUUUCUUUCAUUAACAAGAGUAACUACCAACUUCACCAGCACUGCGAGCCUUGCUGCAUCGGGCAGGAGGCUCCUGCUCACCGCGACUCCGAGUCCUCCUCUGCCCUGGGCGCUCCUGACAAUGUACGGGGAGGGAGCUGUGAGACGUGCAGACGGAAAUAUGUCUUUCGACCUGAACUCUUUGAUGUCACCGAGCCUUACAUAACUUCAGCUGCUGACAAAGGCUGCAAACAAGAUGGUGAAAAGGAGGGACUAGUGAGCGGCGACAAAGGAGGCUCCACUCCCCUCGUUCAGAAGAAGCGUAAGCGCUGUGCUGCGUUUAACCAGGGUGAGUUGGACGCUAUGGAGUAUCACGCACAGAUCAGAGGACUGAUUUUGGAUGGAUCCUCUCAGUUAAUCCAAGAUGGUCUUAAAAGCGGUUUUCUGCGUCCACUUUCUGAGCAGCCAAGCAAGCGUGCUGGGCGCUCUAGUUUGCCGCGCGAGGCCUGCAGUCUGUCAGAGCUGUGCGAGAUGGCCAAGCACCUGCCUUCUGGGCGUGACGUGGAGCCUCAGGCGCUGCAGCUGAGGGGCGACGACAUGUCUGUCAGAGAGCAGGAUCUCUUCUCUCGGGUGGUUGAGAACAGCUCCAGCUUGACCAAGAUGAUCACUCUGAUGGGGCAGAAAUACCUGCUACCUCCCAAAAGCGCUUUCCUUCUGUCUGACGUCUCUUGCAUACACCCACUUCUGGCCUGUGGGAAGACAUAUGAUGUAAUUGUGAUAGAUCCGCCAUGGCAGAACAAAUCAGUUAAGAGAAGCAGCAGGUAUAAUUAUUUAUCACCACUGCAGAUAAAGCAGUUACCUGUCCCUAAAUUAGCUGCUCCAAACUGUCUUGUUAUUACUUGGGUGACCAAUAAGCAAAAGAACCUGCGUUUUGUAAAGGAAGAGCUUUAUCCUUCUUGGUCUGUGGAGAUCCUUGCUGAGUGGCACUGGGUAAAGAUCACCAGUUCAGGAGAGUUUGUAUUCCCAUUAGAUUCUCCACACAAAAAGCCUUAUGAAGUUCUUAUACUGGGGAGAGUUCGGGAAAAAACUGUUGUACCACUAAGGGCUACUGCAGUGAAGGCGCUUCCUGUUCCGGGUCACAAGGUCCUUGUCAGCGUGCCUUGUGUUCUGCAUUCCCACAAGCCUCCUCUUGCUGGUCUCACUGGAGAAGGAAGAGUGGCUGCUAGUCUUUACCACCAAAAGAUGUGGAUCUACUUCCAUAACCAGAGCCCAGUGGGACAGAGCGCUGAUUCAGUAAGGAAGCUUUGGUCUUACGAGCCUUUUGGUAAUUGAUUAAUACUGCCCUUUCAAGUGGAACCCAGUUGGGGAUAACCUGCCAGAAUGCUAUUUUCUGUAAAUUUCAGCUGGGCCAAUAUCUGUAAGAAUCUGAAGAGUAAAGAGAAGUGUAUGAAUCUGCUUCAGUGCAGCCUGCCUUGAACUGGAGAGUGGGGCGGGGGAUAACAAACACGCUGAGACGGUUCCAAAGCACGUCUUAUGCACGGCACAUCUGUGACUAGAACCUGAAGGUAAGUUUCUAUCUACUACUGUCAUGACAUCAGAGAAGCAGACGAUGUCAUCAAAGAUCUGCAGGGCGUGCUUCCCAGCUGGAGAGGGGCAAUUUGCCUCACCUUGCUUCCUCAACAGCUGUUGAUCAGAAACUCGAGACUGCACCAGCAAACCACACUGCUUUGUGAGCUGGCCUAUAUUGGAUAUAUUUGUGAGUGUGUUUACACAUUAUGAAUCAGUAUGAAUAAUAACACACACUAUAAAUC